AUGAGCUUCCUCCUACCCUGGUUCGUCCAGAAGCGAAUACUGCGGUAUGCACUGUCCCGCUUCGACCUGCUGGACAUAGACACCUUGGAUCUCGAGAGCCUGGGUGUUCGAUGGGGGCAGAGAAGCACUUUCCAGUUGAGCGAUAUAAGCUUAAAGACGGAGAAACUAGCAUCGUUCCUCCGAUUACCCGCAACAUGUCAAAUUCUGAAGGCGCAGCUAUCCUUGUUGCGUAUAAUAAUACCUGCCGAUCUCUAUAGCAGUGGCAUCAUCGUUGAGAUUGAGGGCAUCGAUAUUCAUAUUCGGCUCCUGUCCGACGAUGCCCCCGAGGCUAGUCGAGACAAAACCCAGACAUCCGAUAAGAGGCCUGCUGAAGACCAUGUCCUCCCGACAACAGACGACUUAGCGGAAUCCUUCCUCAAGACGGAACCCAAGGGGGAGAGGGAAGAACUAGAGGCAGCUAUUUCAUCACAGUCUCAAUACCUACAACAAUCCACCUCCUCACUCAGUGAUGACGGCGAAGUCGGUCUGGGAAACGAAGGGGUGUCGCUCCCGAGCUUCAUCUCUGACUUUCUCAAAGGAAUCAAGGACCGAGUGCAGAACAAGGUUACCGGCAUCAACUUUCGCGUCGACAUGGACUUUCCACAGGAUGGGCCGGUGAAACGAAUGCCGGAAACUAAACCAGACCAAGUCACUGCCCUCCUGGUAGUUAAAGAGGCAUUACUCGUUGGGAAUGCGUCUAGCUCUACUGACGAGGCUAGAGAUUUGGCGGGAAAACCACGUGGGAUGACGCUCACCCUAGACACUAUACAAGCCAUGCUUGUGUCUGACCCGGUGGUUUUCUCCAAUUAUUCACGAUUCGCAGCACCUCCUUCAUCUCCAUCGACAACACAUUCGAAAUUAGGCCGUGAAUCAACCAGGACAAGAUUGUCACGCGAGUCUCAGCCUCCAUCUGUGUCGAGCUCUACACCGGACUUAUCCCAGUCUGUCGUUUGGGAUCACCCUUAUCCCAGUGAGCGGUCGCCAGUUGCACACAGCAGGCAUUUGGCUAGGUCCACACAUACACUAGAUGGUCGAUUUUCAGAUGCUGGAAGCGAAGCGGAAUAUGAUUCACAUCCAUAUCCAAUGGACCAGUCGGUCUCUAGGAGUCGUUAUGAUGAUGUUGAUGAAGGGGUUCUUGAUAAUCCUGAUUACCUGGAUGAGGUUUUUCAUUCUCAAUAUUUAGAGGAUAUCGAAGAUUCUGGAAUACUACCCCCUCGAUCACUUGAAGGCGCAGGCACUCCCCGCGCACGAAGUCCUCGACUUGAAUCGUCACAAGUGGUGGAAACAUGGCACGAUUUCGAUCAACCUCAAUUAUCAAUUGGGCAGUCGGCUCACAACCUGAUGGCCCACGAUUUCAAUGAUGAUAUGCCACUAGACACAUCUCAAGCCGCUACACCGCCUGCGAAGAGCGCAGAUACCUCGCAAUAUGCUGCCUCAUUUGAGGCUCUUAGACCUGCUUAUGAUGACGUCGAUAAUGAUAGUGACGAUCAUAAUUCUCCUUUGAGCAACAGCAGUUCACCGUCCGAUUCGCCAGUUGAAGAUCUAUCCGAAUCUAAAUUGUUUACCCAUGAAGAGGCCUCAAGCAUGUAUAUGAGUGCCCUGAGUUAUAACUCCCAGGACUAUAGUCCUGCAAUGCCCGGUGCCUGGAAUUCGACAAGUCUAAUGGCGGACUCGACAUCGCGCGCUCCUCGAUCCCAGGAUGUAGCCGCAUCAGAAACAGUCCAAACCGCCGAUACAGACGUCUCCACGCCGAAGCUUACUGCCCAACAAGGGCCAUCGCAUUCACUUCAUCAAGAAAAGGAAACAUUAGAUGCUGGCUUAAAAGAAUCGUUGCCCUCGAUUCAAAGUGAUCGACCACGGUCUCCCUCCGAGGCAACUACUGAAGAUCCCGAGGUCGCCCGUAAAGUCCUGGAAAUAAAUAAGAUAAUGGUAUGGAUACCUGAGAGCAGCGUCAACAAGGAGCCGGAAGAGCAUACACCACAACGAAAUCGGCAGCACGGUCUUGAUAUGAGGUCAUUUUCGGGUAACCUGUCCAGCUCUACAAUGGGCGAUAGUCUCGGAGCUUCAAAACUAACCCUGUCUACACGAAACGGAGACUCUAUAUACUCCUCGGUUGCUUUUGACAGGGCGGAACAGACCUCACAGACCUCUCCAGGAAACCCACAUGAUGAGAAUGCCGAUAUUAAGCAAUCUCCGACUGCCGUGUCUGUUGAUAUUGGCGAUGCAAUUAUUUCAGUUGACAUAGCAUCGGGGUGGUUGCUGGCUAAAGCUGGCCAGAAGAUGGUGUCAGUUGUCGAGCGGAUCUCGUCUGAAUCUUCGUCCACAACCAAAAAGUCAAGUCCCACGGCACCAGGCCCUCGCCGUUUCAACUUCAAUAUUCACACAUGCUCGAUAAAAUUCUUGCAACACUUGACCGGUAUUCCCUAUCACAGACAGAACGUAUCGCCAUAUUCUGAAAUCUCUCCUGUCGAGCACGUCAUCUUGAGGGUAUUAGUAAAAGACGCAAAAUCAAGUGUCGUGAUUGUGAAAGAUAGGACGGAUUUUCAUUUCCAGCUUGCCAAGUUUGUUCUUGGGGACGCAUCUGAGGAAUUUAUUUCAUUCAACGAAGAUCUGAAAAUGAGGGAUUCUGUAAGGGAUGUUUUGGCCCUGAGCCAUCGCGAUAUUUCGCUGUUGGUAACCAAAUCUUCUACAUCUGCACGAAUUGAUUUGACGACGUUGCCACUUCAUUUAAACCUCAAUAUUCAACGUCUAGAAGAAAUCCUUGGUUGGUUUGGAGGCCUGAGUACUAUUCUGGAACUCGGAAGCUCAAUAGCGUCUGUUUCAACGGUUAGAGGAGAAAAGCCGGAAGCGCCUGCAAAGCCAUCCCCUGGUGUUCGGUUUGCGGACACCCCGUCCUCUGAGACUUCUUCGGCCUCUUCCCCAUCCUUGACGUCUGUCCCUUGGAAGGUGAAUUCUAGACUAGGAGGCAUUGUUGUUGAUCUAGUGGGCGAGGCUUGUGCUCUUGAGCUAAGAACUACUGCGGUGAAAGUUGUUAGCAGGUUUGAGGGCAUUGGCAUCCAAAUUGACAAGGGUGACUUGAGUGGGCCAUAUCUUAUCGGUCAUGUGGACGAUGCUCCGGCAAACGUCGCCUUGGAAAAUAUUCGAAUUGAAUAUGUCUUUUCGCCAAAGGAAGUUGACCUGGAUAGGUUGCUGUCUCUCUUAACGCCAUCUCAAGAUAAAUACGAGGAGGAUGACGAUAUAAUGUUGGAUACCUUGUUACGGCAAAGGCGACAAGGAGCUGUACUUCGAGUUACAGUAGCGACCCUGAAACUCUUUAUUUCAAAUAUUCAGGGCUUACAUCCUCUGUCUUCCCUCCCAAAUGAGAUUGCAAAACUAUCAAAUGUCACGAAAUAUCUUCCUGAGGAUGAUCGACCGGGAAUCAUGACGUUAGCAUUGAUUCGCGAAUUGAAAAGUCACGUUUGUAUUGGUGGUAAAGUAGGAGAUAUGAAACUGGUGUCGCAAAACAUUGAAGCAGCGCAUAUCAGCCUUCCCUCCCUUGUGGCCGGCCAGGUGAAGCGGCUAUCACUCACGAGAAAUGAAACGGAGGAGCUUAUUGGGGAAGCAUUGGAACUACCUGCAGCUACUGGUCCGACGCGAUCUCACUUGCCUAUGAUUAUGACUCGCUUUAUUGCUGACGAAAUGGAACCGACAAUUAAAGUCAAACUGCACAACCUCAGGGUGGAAUAUAUAGUAUCUGUAGUUAUGACAUUUCUGGGCCUUGGAGAUGGUGCCACAUCAGAAGACUUGGCUGUCAAUUUGGCUAAUUCAGUUGCAAAUUUGACUGAGUUGCAAAGUUCCCUACACCGGCCGGCAUCUCCUACGGCUUCUGUUAUAUAUAAACCUGACAGAAAACCUUACAAGUUCUCUGUAUCUUUGAGAGACUGUGUUUUGGGCCUCAACCCUCGAGAAAUGCCGUCCAAAGGCCUUCUCAUCUUCACAUAUGCAAGGUUCAGGGGAACUCUUCAAGAAGAAACGACGUCCGAAGUCAGCUUUGAAAUCAAAAAGGCAACCCUGAUGAUUAUAGAUGACGUUCAAAACAUCGAUAUUGUGGAUACUUCACACCAGCGCAGUAUAUCUGCAGGCCAAAGCGAGCAAGUGCAGGGCUUUACAGACAAAGGUUUUGUUGCAGUAUCGUUUAUCUCGUCUGCCAUGGUUUCGGUGAAGAUGGCACAACAGUCAAGUGACGGCAACAGAUCAGUGGAUGUAGACGUGAGAGAUGACCUACUUAUCAUGGAAACAUGUGCGGAUUCCACUCAAACCUUGAUCAGUCUUCUAAAUGGCUUGUCACCCCCGACGCCGCCAAGUAGAGUGCUAAAAUAUCGGACUGAGGUUAUGCCCAUACAAGAUAUGCUCGCAUCCUUUACUGGCGAUGCAUUCGCCACUGAUGAAGUGACAGAUGCUGAGCAUAUUUCCGAGCUAGAAACAGAGGAUGAACUUAAAGGCGCCCUUGACGAUGAGAUUGAAUAUGUGAGUGAAUUUUACGAGGAAAGGCCUAACCCAGAAGAAGCAAUGAGCGCAAGCAUGAUGGGCAUGACAAACGACAUUGCCCGGCCUUCUAAUCUAUUGGAUAGCUUCCAUUCGGAAUACAACGUGGCGUCUAGCGUGUCGGAUCUCGAAUUUCGAGACGAUCAUUUUGCCAAAGAAUCAACUGUCGGCGGGACAGCACAUCGAUGGGACUCCGCUCAUAAUACAUACGGACUGGCUAACGAAGUCAAAAUACAUGGCAGCCCACUGAGAGUUAGAGUACGUGAUGUACACUUCAUUUGGAACUUAUUUGAUGGUUACGACUGGCAACGGACAAGAGAUACUAUUUCGAAAGCCGUCAAAGAUGUUGAAAUGAAGGCUACGGAGCGACGUGCAAAGAAAGGGGGCCGUAUAUCUGAAGACGAUGAUGAAGAAUCUGUUAUUGGUGACUUCCUUUUCAACUCGAUUUACAUUGGCAUCCCCGCGAACAAGGACCCACGUGAGCUUUCUAGAGCAAUCAACCACGACAUCGAUGACUUGGCUAGCGAGACUGGGAGCUACACUACUUCAACAACCGUCACGGGACUGACAGCGCGUCAAAAUAGACCUCCUUCAGCCCGGGGCAAGAAAUUGCGGCUUUCACGUAGCAGACACCAUAAGAUGACGUUUGAAUUGAAGGGCAUCUCAACUGAUGUGGUUGUUUUCCCUCCUGACGUGGGCGAAACCCAAAGCUCAAUAGAUGUGCGGGUGAAUGAUCUUGAGAUUUUUGAUCAUAUUCCUACUUCUACUUGGAAAAAGUUUGCUACAUAUAUGUACGAUGCAGGGGAGCGAGAGAGCGGAACUAGCAUGGUACACCUGGAAAUUUUGAAUGUGAAACCCGUGGCAGAGUUGGCCGCGUCCGAGAUCGUCCUAAAAGCCACCAUUCUACCUCUUCGCCUUCACGUUGACCAAGACGCUUUGGAAUUUUUGAGUCGAUUCUUUGAGUUCAAAGAUGAAUCAGCGCCGUCCCCAACUGCUCCUAAUGAUGCACCGUUCCUGCAGCGAGUAGAAGUCAACGCUAUACCUGUCAAACUAGACUUUAAACCCAAGCGAGUCGACUACGCUGGGCUGCGGUCUGGCCGAACAACAGAAUUUAUGAACUUUUUCGUCCUGGAUGAAGCUGACAUGGUUAUGCGACGCGUCAUCAUAUACGGUGUGUCCGGAUUCGACAAGCUUGGUCAAACGCUUAAUGAUAUAUGGAUGCCCGAUAUUAAGCGGAACCAACUGCCCGGCGUGCUGGCUGGGCUUGCUCCUAUUCGGUCCUUAGUCAAUGUUGGAAGUGGCUUCAAAGACUUAGUCGUCGUACCAAUGCGCGAAUACAAAAAGGAUGGAAGAAUUGUGCGCAGCAUUCAGAAGGGUGCAUUUUCCUUUGCAAAGACUACAACAAACGAGCUUGUCAAGCUUGGAGCGAAGCUGGCUAUUGGAACUCAAACCGUUCUUCAAAGCGCGGAAGACUUCCUCAACGCACCAAACACCGCACAGUCAACCCACCAUCACGUUGAAGGGGACGACGAUUCUACAGACGAAGAUGAAAGGAAGCAUAUUUCGCACUAUGCUGACCAGCCUGUUGGUGUGGUUCAAGGUCUUCGAGGCGCGUUCAGCAGCCUAGAGCGGGACUUGCUUACGGCACGAGACGCCAUUGUCGCCGUACCUGGAGAGGUUAUGGAAAGUGGCAGUGCUGCCGGGGCUGCAAAGGCUGUCUGGCGACGUGCACCGACAGUAAUCCUGCGACCUGCUAUUGGUGCUACGCGAGCUGUUGGACAGACGCUGCUAGGCGCGGGAAAUACCUUGGAUCCAACAAAUCGGCGAAGAAUCGAAGAUAAAUAUAAACGACAUUAG